CGGAAGUUUAACUAAAGGAGUUUGCGGAGACUCUGAAUUAUCACGGUCGUAUAGCUUGUCGAAAAUUUUGGUUUCUAAUUUGGUGUAACUGAUUCGGAUUUUGUUAUCUCCGCCCACUGGAACAGUGCCCUUUACACAACUGUUUCUGUUAGUUGUGACCACCGGGAGCGUCUGGGCAACGUUUCAGUUGUACUGUUUUCCUCUUACGGUAUACAUUAACAAUUUUCUGCUCUCUAUACUCUCUACUACAGACUUACCCACAGAGUCUUGUUACAUACAUUUUAAAAAUUAAAAGUUUACGAAAAAUAAUUUUCAAACACUUUUUUUAAAAUUUAUUUCGCCGUCGCUAUUACUUUAUAAGCGUUAUCUUACAAUGGAACAAAUCAAGUAGUUAAAAAAAUUAGUAUUGAUUGUGAUAUCUGUUUUAAAUAUAAUUUUGUUGCAGUUAUUCAACUCAAAAUAACACAUUUCAAUCAAAAAUGUCGUUGAAGCGUGUGAGAUUUUCCCAGACUUCCAAGAAACAUCCUAAAGUACGAAACAUUAAACAAAACCAAAAGUCCAAGUUUCGAAUGAUGCAUAGGGCCACUAAACAUUUUAGUAAAAUGGCACAACACACUUUGAGGUAACAAUUUUUUUUUUUUUAAAUGUUUAUUUUUUUAUCAAUAGUUUAAUACUUCCAGUUCAAAUUCUACUUUUAAUCAAAGUCAAAUGAUCAUUCAUAAAAGUACUAAUAUUCGUAGAUUAGUACUCCCAACCCCGAUCAUCCACCAGGAUCAAGAAAGUGUGUUUGUACCAAUGAGGGUUACACAAAAUAAAGUUAGUAUUAGUUGUUUAAUACAUUUUGUUUAUUGCAUGAGCUAUUCAUUGCAUAUAAUAAAAGGCAGACAUACUUCAUAUCAUUAAUCAGGGAAGAGUAGAACAUAGUUGUUGGUGGAUUCGUUUGAAUUAGUUUAUAUAGGCACUGGGAUAAAUGGUAAUUCAUUAAUAGGUAUGAAUAAACUAUUCUGAAGGUGAUAUGUUAAAUGGUUAUUUUAACAACUAUUAAUGGCAUUAAAAUUCAGAAAAAUGUGUUCUUAAAAUCAUUUAAAUUUAGAGUUUUUAUUCAGACGUAAUUUUUAAUUAUCAACUAAAUCAAGAAAAGAAAAUAAAGAACGAGAAAGUUUAUUGAUAAAUUGGUUUAAUUAUUUUUAAUUUUGUAUUUUUGUUGUUUUUCAUUUUAAAAUAUUUAUAGAAUUAACAUUUUAACAGAAAACUUUGAACUCAAGUCAUAUGCUAUCUACAGAAAAAACUUAUCUACUGCAAUCCACACCAUUCCUUUCAGUAUUUUUUGUUUUGACCUCUGAAAAUGACUUAAUCUUAUUAUUAUUGUAACAACAUUUUGCGAAAAAAAAACCCCCGAAUGGAGUAUAUUUAAUGUACUGUAUCGGUUAGACCAUACAAUUUAUAUACUUAUACAUACAUAUAUAUGUAUUUAUAUUGGUGUUUUAAAGGUUCAACACAUCUGGUUUAAAGGAUAAACUAGUUUAUCCUGAAAUUGGGUUUGGUCGGUACCAUAUACAUAUUAUACCUAUGACAUAUAAGAGCACACCGUCAAUGUCCGACUCACAUUUAUCCCGCGUAACAUAGAUAACAUUCAACGCGGUCAAUAUUUAUGAAAAUAUAUGACACAAAUUCCGAAAACUUAUACAUACCUUUUUUAAAUGUUGACAAAUUAUUCAAACGUUCUGAUAAUAUUUUUAAGCUAUUUAUAAGAAUUUUACAUUUAGUUUUUUAAGUAGUUUUUUUUUUUUUUGGUAGGUACUUUGUGGAUGAAAAUGUUAGGCCAAACAGAAAUUGUUUAAAAUGUAAUAGGAGAUUCAAUACAAGUCAUACUUAGUGUAAAAAAAAAAGUUAUGCAGUAUUUUUUUACUAUUUUAUGAAAUUUGGACAAAAAUUAGCAAAAAAAUAUAUGGAACAAAUCUAGUUGCCGAUCCAUGCAAAUUUAUCAAUUUUUCUUGUUUUUUUUUUUUUUUUGUUUCAACUGAUGUAUAUUUCCAAUAUAGUUAUGAUGGAGGAGUCAGAAUUAAGCGCACUAAAUUAGUUUCGAAACUAUAGCUUUUUGAAGUUCUGAUAUUAUAUGUUAUGUUAAAAAAUUCAAUAUUCUAAAUUUUAUAACAUGUCUGUCAUAAUUGUGUGUGGUCGUAGAUAUCUGUUGUCAUCCUAAAGAUGGUAAGUUCAAACCCAAGUUAUGAAAAUCUUUUUUGUAAAACCACAUUGGGUAGGUAACUGAGUAAAAUGAAAUCCAACACAAUAUGUGUUUACUAUGUAGUUUAUUGUAUUUUACAUAUGUAAUUUUUCUUUGAUAGAUACUCUGCAUAAAAUAUUUAAAUUAAAUAUAAAUACUUGAAAAUUUAACAGGAGGUUCAUUAAAAGUCGUACUUAGUGGUCUUAGAAAAAAAAAAGUAGUUUACUGUAGUAAUUUUUUUUCUUAUAAAGGAAUUUUAUUAUAAAAUUUUGACUGUAUAAAAACUAUUGUUUAAAAGAUUAAAAGGAUAAUAUUUAUAUUUCUAGAAUAUUUACUGUUUCAGACCUUGGAAUUAUAUAAUCCUUCUAUGGAUGUUCGUGAAAAAACUCAAACCACUUUUGAGCAAACUAUAAAGAUCAAAAAAGAACCAGAAAGUGACAAUGAAGGUGAUAUAAAUAACGAUGGUAUUGAAGAAUUUGUUGAACAUGAGCAGUUGGAAGAAGAAAUAAUACAAAAUUUCUCUGGGGACAUUAAAGAGGUAUUAUCAUUUGUGUUGUAAAAAAAUUUUAAUGAUAAGUUUCAUAUUUUUAUUAUAGUAAUAAAAAGGUAUAAUAGAUUUUAAUUUGUGCCUAAAUUCCAAAGAUGAAGCAAUAGAAAGGAUGAUAGAACAUUGGUUUUUUGGGAUUAGUGGACACUAAAAGUUAUCAAUUUUAAAACUUCAGGACAGUUGAAAAAUCUAUGGUUACAUUUUAUAAAUCCACAGAAUAGAUUUUGUAUUACUAUGUUUGUGAGAUUGAACCCUUUGAAUGUAACAUCAAAAUCUUCUUCUAUGUAAUAAUUUUAAGAAAAUUUAUCUCAAUUUGUUAAUUUUUUUCAUCAAUGUUUGGUAGGAAUUACAUACCACUAAACCAUAUUCUAUUGAUUUUCUGAAAUUGUACUAUACAUUUUUCUUGGAUUACAAAAAUAAAAAUAAUCUUUAUCAUCCACUUCUACAAUGAUCUGAAGAAAAUGUACUUUGUCAGACUUACUCAAAAUAAGAGUUUUUAAAGAUAAUGUUUAUGGAGUUAAAAUGAUAAUAUGUUUAUUUAUAGAAUAUUUACUAUGUUCCAGACUGUGCAGGGUAACAAAUUUUGUUGGAAUUAUUUUGAUGGCAUCCGAAUGGUUACUUUCAAUCCAGUUCUAAGUAUUAAGCAGGAACCGAUGAAUGAGGAAUUCUCUGAGAAGUCUCUUGAAGACACCCGCCCCACUUUUGAUCCAAAUAUAAGUAUCAAGCAGGAACCAUUGACUGAAGAAACCCCUGAGAGGUCUUUUGAAGAUACCCGCCCCACUUUCGAUCCAAAUAUAAAUAUUAAGCAGGAACCAAUAAGUGAAAGAGCUGAGGAUAUUGAGAACGCAAGAAUUAUACAAAAAUGUUAUGAUUAUGGGAAGUUUAUUGAAGGUAAAUUAAAGGCCUUCUCUGCAACAACAAGAGAAACGGUUUUAUUUGAGUUUGCCAAAGUUAUUUCUAAAGCUCACGAUGGAUUUUAUGAAUAAAUUCAUUGCAUUGUAUUAACUCUAUUUAAUUAAGUCUAUUAUCAUUUAAUUUAAUCAUACCCGUACAUAAUGAUAAUAUAAGUAAUAAUUAAUGUACAAUCUAAAUCUUUCUGCUCUAGCUAUUUUUUCCAAUCCUAAUUUUAUUGAAUACUAUAAAGCUACUUACAAUUUAUUAAAGUUUUAAUUCCAUAGUAUUUAUGUUAUAAAUUCCACAAUAUUAUAAAUAAUUUAUUGUAUUUUAUAUUAUAAUAAUUACAGAGAUACACUUUUCUCUCAUACACAUAGACAAG